AUGACAGAGUCGAUGGAAAAGAACCACACAAGCGCGGAGGAUAAGGAAGGAGAAUUAAACGAGGAAGAGCCAGCAAAGAUAGCGACGUGGAGGAAAGAGAUAAAUAAGCACGAAGUCAGAGAAGAGGAACAUGUUACUUUCUCGAAGGAAGGAGGAAGUGAAACAACAGAGGAUUACGAAGACGCCUUAACAGAGAUCGAAGACGAUUACCCUGCGAACGCCAAGAAACCCGAAGUCAUACAAGAACAAGAAGACGACGAAGUAGAAGACUCGGUGAUUAGCGAAGAGGUAAUCAUCCACGAAGGCUGGACUGACAUCGUUAUUGAGCAAAGGGAAGAGAGUGAGGAACCAGAGGACAUCGCAGAAAACAACGGGCAAUGGGGCCUAGAGUGGGUUCAGAGGAGGAGGUCCUUCGAGACCCAGACCUUCAGUGUCGUGGAGGAGGAAGAAGUUGGAGCGGAGAAGAACGAGGAUUCGGACAUGUCGGUCCCUGGUCAAGAAGGGGAAAGCACAGCAGCGGAAGAGGAAACUGGAUGGACGCUAGUAAACCUUGAAUCCGAUGACAAGACUGAGAAAAGUGAAACUGAAAGCAUUUUAAAAGAGGAGAGUAAAGAUGAGGUCAUAGUUUACAAUAAUGAAACACAAAAUAAAAGCGAAAUGAAGGAAAGCGUCGCCACUCAGAAUAGGAAAGACGGCACCAUAAGUGGAGUGGCCUCAAAUACAUUGAAAGAAUACACAUCUGACAGCAGCAAAGCCGAAGAUGAACCAGAAAGUACGGAGAGCACAGGCUACGUUUCAGCCGAAGAUAGGACAGAGAGCAUUUUGUCCGAGGAACUAGAUAGCAUAAAGCCCAGCAGAGUCAGAUCAACUGCAUUCAGAGAGCACCAAACUGUCAGGAUUGGAGGAAUACAGUUCAUCAGGAUUGAUGAUGAACCAGAAAGCUCAGGAAGCACCGAUUACACUUCAGCUGAAGAAAGGAUGGGAAGCACAUUUACUGAAGACCAUGAGAGUAGUUCGGACGAAAAAUUCAGAAGAAGCCCAUUGAUUGGACGGCAAGAUGACAGCAUUAUCGAAGAAUCAGAAAGCUAUGCCGACGAACCAGAGAGCAGCAUGGCCGACGAACCAGAAAGCAGCAUGGCCGACGAACCAGAGAGCAGCAUGGCCGACGAACCAGAGAGCAGCAUGGCCGACGAACCAGAAAGUAGUAUGGCUGAAGAACCAGAAAGUAGUAUGGCUGAAGAACCAGAAAGUAGCAUGGCUGAAGAACCAGAAAGUAGCAUGGCUGAAGAACCAGAAAGUAGCAUGGCUGAAGAACCAGAAAGUAGCAUGGCUGAAGAAGCAGAAAGUAGUGUGGCUGACGAAGCAGAAAGUAUAGCCGAUGAACCAGGAAGUAGUAUGGCUGAAGAGCCAGAGAGUAUGGAUGAAGAUCCUGAAAGCAACGUGUUUCAGGAAGCAAAGACGAGCUUUACCCAAGAAUCAGAAAUUACAGCGAGUGAUGAAUCAAAAAGCUCCGUGUCUGGAAGCAGUUUCGUGCAAGACCAAGAAAACAUAGCUGAGACAGAAACGGGCAAAUUCAGAGGAACAGAAUUAAACAUAUUGGAAAAUCGAGAAAUCAGCAAAUACGGAGAAUUAAAAAUUUCCAAAGAAGGAGAUCCAGAAAUGAAUGCACCUGAGAAAGCAGAAAGAGAUAGCAGAUUUGAAGACCAAAAAAUCUACACAGGAACAGGUACUGAUAUCACUGGAGAAGAGACAGAAACGGGAUCAGUUAAAGAAGCUGGAAUAAACGCACUCAAAGAAUCAGUAAACACCCAAAUUGAAAACUCAGAAAAGAACACAAUCGUAGAAUCAGUAAACACCCAAAUUGAAGACUCAGAAAAGAACACAAUCGUAGAAUCAGUAAACACCCAAAUUGAAGACUCAGAAAAGAACACAAUCGUAGAAUCAGUAAACACCCAAAUUGAAGACUCAGAAAAGAACACAAUCGUAGAAUCAGUAAACACCCAAAUUGAAGACUCAGAAAAGAACACAAUCGUUGAAUCAGUAAUCACCAAGGCUGAAGAACCGAAAAUCACCGCAGUUGGACAAACAAUUAGUAUUAUUGAAGAAAUUGAAGAAGUAGAAAUCAGAACAUUCAAAGAACCAAGGGCAAAUGUCGGCACGGUUAAAGAACAAGUGAUCAGUAAAGAUAAAGCUCAAGAAGUCUACACAUUUGGAGAACCAGAAGUCACAGAUGAAGGCUCAAAAAUCACCAGAAUUGUAGAAUCACAAGUAAGCAAAGAAGACUUAGAAUUUAGCAUACAUAAUGAGGAAGAAUCAGAAGUCAGAUUUGAAGAACAAGAAGUUAAUAGAAGUAAAGAAAAAGGUAUUGAGAUAGAUGAACAAUUAGAUAUUGGCAGUAAUAAUGAACAAGAACUCGAGUCUGCUGAAGAUCCAAAAAUGGCUACUAGAGAUGAAGUAACGAAGCCAGAAAGUGUUUCAGUUGAAGACUCAUACGUUAUUAAAGAGAAAGAAAUCAACACUGUAGUAAACGAAAAUCAAGAAACAGAGAUCAGCACAGUAAAACAGCUUCAACAAAUAGGAGUGAAUUCAAUUGAAAUUCCUGAACAAACAGAAAUAAGAUCAGUUGAAGAACCUGAAAUCAUGGCUGUUGAAAAAGCAGAAAUAAUCACUUAUGAAGAACUAGAAAUUAGCCCAUCUGAAGAACAGGUGGUUAGUAUGUAUGAAAAAAUAGAAAUUAGUGCAGUUAAACAGGAAAUUAUAGCAGAUGAAGAACCAGAAAUGAGAGCAGGUAAAGAGCAUGAAGUCAGUGCAAAUCAAGACCCAGAAACCAGUUUAAUUGAAGAACCAAAAAGGGUGAGCACAGAAGAACCAGGAAGCAUCUCAAUUGAAGAAACAGUAAUUAGCGAAGCUGAAGAACCAGAACUGAGCACAGUUGAAAAGACAGAAACCAGAGCAGCUGAAGAACCAGAAAUCAACUCAGUUAAAGAAUUGGAAAUCAGUGUGGAUGAGGUACCAGAGAUUAUGGCAAUUGAAGAACCAGAAAGCAGCACAGUUGCAAAACCAGAAAUCAGCUCAAUUGAAGAGCCAGAAAUCAAGGCAGUCAUCACCUCAGUGGAGGAACCAGAAACUAGGGUGGUAGAAGAACUAGCAGUCAGUGCUGUUGAAGAAAGCAAGGCGGCUGAAGGUCUAGAAAUUACAUCAAUAAAAGAACCAGAAAUCAAUGCAGUUGAAGAACUAGAUAUUGGGACAGAUGAUGGACUAGUACUUACUUCAGUUGAACCUCAAUCCAGCCAUGUUGAAGAACCAGUGAUCCAGGCAGAUGAAGAGGCAGAGAUAGGUGCUGUUGAAAUUCCAGAAAUAAGUACAGCUGCAGAAUCGGAAAUCACCUCAGUCGAAAAAGCAGAAGUGAGAGCUGUUGAAAAAUCAGAAAUCAAAGUCAGUGAAUCUCCAGAAGGUAUAUCAGUUGAAGAACCAGAAAUCCAAGCAGUUGACAACCAUGAAAUCAGCACAGAUGAACAAUCAGAAAUCAGAGCAAUUGAAGAACUCAAAUUCACUGCACGUGAAGAACCAGAAAUCAAGGUAGAUGAACCAACAAAUAUAGUUGCUGCUAAAGUAUUAGAUAUGAGCAGAGUUAAAGAGCCAGUUAUCAACUCAGCUGACAAACCAGAAAUCAGGGCAGUUGAAGAACAAGAAAUAAAUGUUGUUGAAGUGCAAGAAACCCGUGCAGCCGAAGAACCAGUAAUCCCCUCAUCUAAAGAGCCAAAAAUCAUCGCCGUUGCAGAACUAGAGGUCAAUGCACUUACAGAACCAGAAAUCAGCACAUUUGUAGAAACAGAAGUUAGAGCAGUUGAAAAAACAGAAGUCAAAACAGUUGCAGAACCAGAAAUCAGCACAGUUACAGAACCGGAAAUCAGCGCAGUUGCAGAACCAGAAAGGGCAGUUGGAGAACCAGAAAUCAGCGCAUUUGCAGAACCAGAAGUCAAUGCAGUUGAAGAACCAGAAGUCAGCGCAGUUGCAGAAGCAGAAACAAGCGCAAUCGUGGAACCAGAAAUCAGCGCAGUUGCAGAAGCAGAAAUAAGCACAUUUGUAGAACCAGAAGUUAGAGCAGUUGAAGAACUAGAAACCGGUGCACUUGCAGAACCAGAAACAAGCGCAGUUGCAGAACCAGAAACCAGCGCAUUUGUAGAACCAGAAACCAGCGCACUUGCAGAACCAGAAACCAACACAGUUGCAGAACCAGAAACAAGUGCAGAUGCCGAAUCAGAAGUCAGCGCAGUUGCAAAACCAGAAACAAACGCAGUUACAGAAGCAGAAGUCAGCGCAGUUGCAGAACCAGAAGUUAGCGCAGUUGUAGAACCAGAAAUCAGCGUAGUUGCAGAACCAGAAGUCAGCGCAGUUGCAGAGCCAGAAAACCAGAAUCCAACGCAGUUGCAGAACCAGAAACCAGCCAGCACAGUUGCAAAACCAGAAAGCGCCAUUGCAGAACCAGGAACAAACGCGAUUGAAGAAACAGAAACCAGCGCAGUUGCAGAACCAGAAAUCAGCGCAGUUGCAGAACCAGAAACCAUUAGCGCAGUUGCAGAACCAGAAAUCAGCGCAGUUGCAGAACCAGAAGUCAGUGCAGUUGCAGAGCCAGAAGUCAGCGUAGUUGCAGAACCAGAAAUCAGCGCAGUUGCAGAACCAGAAAGAGCCAUUGCAGCACCAGGAACAAACGCGGUUGCAGAACCAGAAUCCAACGCAGUUGCAGAACCAGAAACCAGCACAGUUGCAAAACCAGAAAGCGCCAUUGCAGAACCAGGAACAAACGCGAUUGAAGAAACAGAAACCAGCGCAGUUGCAGAACCAGAAAUCAGCGCAGUUGCAGAACCAGAAACCAGCGCAGUUGCAGAACAAGAAACCAGCGCAGUUGCAGAACCAGAAACAACCGCAGUUGUAGAAGCAGAACCAGAAACAAGCGCAGGUGCAGAACCAGAAACCAGCGCAGUUGAAGAAUCAGAAGUCAGCGCAGUUGCAGAACCAGAAGUCAGCGCAGUUGCAGAACCAGAAGUUAGCGCAGUUGCAGAACCAGAAAGAAGCACAGUUGAAGAACCAGAAACAAGCGCAGUUGCAGAACCAGAAGUCGGCGCAGUUGCAGAACCAGAAAUAGCCGCAGUUGAAGAACCAGAACUCAGCGCAGUUGCAGAACCAGAAGUCAGCGCAGUUGAAGAACCAGAAACCAGCGCAGUUGCAGAACCAGAACCCAGCGCAGUUGAAGAACCAGAAACCAGCGCAGUUGAAGAACCAGAAACCAGCGCAGUUGCAGAACCAGAAACCAGCGCAGUUGAAGAACCAGAAACCAGCGCAGUUGAAGAACCAGAAACAAGCGCAGUUGCAGAACCAGAAACAAGCGCAGUUGAAGAACCAGAAACCAGCUCAGUUGCAGAACCAGAGCCAGAAACAAGCACAGUUGCAGAACCAGAAACAAGCGCAGUUGCAGAACCAGAAACAAGCACAGAUGCAGAACCAGAACCAGAAACAAGCGCAGUUGCAGAACCAGAAACCAGCGCAGUUGCAGAACCAGAAACCAGCUCAGUUCCAGAACCAGAGCCAGAAACAAUCGCAGUUGCAGAACCAGAAACAAGCGCAGUUGCAGAACCAGAAACCAGCUCAGUUGCAGAACCAGAGCCAGAAACAAGCACAGUUGCAGAACCAGAAACAAGCGCAGUUGAAGAACCAGAAACCAGCUCAGUUGCAGAACCAGAGCCAGAAACAAUCGCAGUUGCAGAACCAGAAACAAGCGCAGUUGCAGAACCAGAAACCAGCUCAGUUGCAGAACCAGAGCCAGAAACAAGCACAGUUGCAGAACCAGAAACAAGCGCAGUUGAAGAACCAGAAACCAGCUCAGUUGCAGAACCAGAGCCAGAAACAAUCGCAGUUGCAGAACCAGAAACAAUUGCAGAACCAGAAAUCAGCACAGUUGCAGAACCAGAAACCAGCGCAGUUGCAGAACCAGAAAUCAGCGCAGUUGCAGAACCAGAAAUCAGCGCACUUGCAGAACAGCCAGAAACAAGCGUAGUUGCAGAACCAGAAGUCAGCGCAGUUGCAGAACCAGAAAUCAGCGCAGUUGCAGAACCAGAAACCAGCGCAGUUCCAGAACCAGAAGUCAGUGCAGUUACAGAACCAGAAGUCAGCGCAGUUGCAGAACCAGAAAUCAGCCCAGUUGCAGAACCUGAAACCAGCGCAGUUGCAGAACCAGAAGUCAGCGCAGUUGCAGAACCAGAAAACAGCACAGUUGCAGAACCAGAAAUGAGAGCUGUUGCAGAACUAGAAGUCAGCGCAGUUGCUAGAACCAGAAAUCAGCGCAGUUGCAGAACCAGAAACAGAGCAGUGGCGUUGCAGAACCAGAAGUUAGCGCAGUUGCAGAACCAGAAACCAGCGCAAGUUGCAGAACCAGAACAAGCGCAGUUGCAGAACAGAAACCAGCGCAGUUUGCAGAAGCAGAAGUCAGCGCAGUUGCAGAACCUGAAACCAGCGCAGUUGCAGAACCAGAACGCAGUUGCAGAAGCAGAAACCAGCGCAGUUGCAGAAGCAGAAGUCAGCGCAGUUGCAGAAUCAGAAACCAGCGCAGUUGCAGAAGCAGAAGUCAGCGCAGUUGCAGAAGCAGAAGUCAGAGCAGUUGCAGAAACUGAAACCAGCGCAGUUGCAGUACCAGAAAUCAGAGCGGUUGAAGAACCAGAAGUCAGCGCAGUUGCAGAAUCAGGAAUCAGUGCAGAUGAAAAAACAGAAAUCAACACAAUUCUAGGUCCAGCUAAAGAUGUUGGAGAAUCAGAGGUAAGCAAGGCUGCAGAUCUCGAAACCGGGAAGGUUCAAGAAAUAAUUCGCAGAUUUGAAGAGACAGAAGUCAACACUGUAGUGGAACAAAGUAAAGCGGCAAAACCAAGAAUAAGCAAAAUUGAAGAAAAGAAAAGCAAAAUCAUUGUAGAAUCAGAUACAACUUUGGUUAUCGGCUCAGAAGUACGCAAAGAGGAAGAACCAGAAAACCUCUUUGACGAAGUACCAAAAAUCAGCAAAAUUGAAGAACCAGAUGAAGAAGAACCAGGAAGCAGCAUUGAGGAUGAAUAUAAGUGUGACCCAAGACCAGAAACGAGAAAACAGGAAGAAUCAGAUGUGUUUACAGGAGAAAGCGAAACUGAUAAAUUUGAAAUUGAUACUGAGGGUGUACCAGAAAGUGUACCAACUGAAGAGGCAGAGCGCAACAACGAAGCAGAAAGGAUCUCGGAUGAAGAAUUAGGGAGCAGUACUAUUGAACAGCCAGAAAUUAGUAGAAUAGAAGAACCAGAGAGCUUCUUUGCUGAAGAACCAGAGAGCUAUAUUACUGAAGAACAAGAAAUCAUCACAGAGGAGAAGCCUGAGAACUUCCUAGUUGAAGAAUCUGCAAGUGAGAAAUAUGGAAAAUCGCAGAGUAGUACUACUGAAGAACCAGAAAGUAGUAUUAAUGAAGACACAGAAAGUGGCAUAGAUGCAUUAGAAAGCAAUCAAACCAAAGACACAGAAAGCAUGUCAUCCGAGGAAAACAGCAGAGAAAUCAGUCCAGAAAAAGAACAAGAACGCAACCUCACUGACCAGCCUGUUCGUAGCCAGCUUGAAUUAAAGGUUGACAAAGAUGAAGAACAGGAAAGUUGUGCAGAUAAAGAACCAGAAAUUAGUCCAGCUGAAGAACCAGAGAGCGGUCUAGCUGAAGAAACAGAAAGCAGUUUAAUUGAAGAACACCAAAUUGAGGAACUGGAAAACAGCCAAACUGAAGAAGCAAAGAGAAGACAAAGUGAAAAGCCAGAAUGCAGCCCUGUGGAAGGAUCAGAAAGCAAUCUAGUUGAUGAAUCAGAAAGCAGUAUAGUUAUAGAUCCUGGAAACAGUCCAGUUGAAAAAACGGAAUAUACUCUAAUUGAAAAACCAGAAAGCAGUCCAGUAGAACCAGAAAAUACAUUUGAAGAAGCAGAAGGCAUUCCUGUUGAAGAACCAGAAAGAAGCACAGAUGAGGACUUAGAUAUUAGCUCAACUGAAGAACCGGAAAUUAGCUCAGCUGAGGAACCAGAAAUUAACUCAACGAAAGAAUUAGAUAUCAGCUCAGCUCAAGAAACAGAAAGCAUCCAAGAUGAAGGAGAGGGAUUUAAAACAAAGAAUGACCCAGUGGUGGAGGACUCCGAUAUUAGCUCAGCUGAAGAGCCAGAAAUUAACCAAGCUCAGGAACAAGAAAGAACAAGUUUUGCAGGAGCAGAAAAUUACCAAUUUGAAGAAUCUGGAGCACCCGCUUUUGUAAAAACAACUCUUGAAAAGAGAGAAGAAAGUCAUAUAGAUGUUGAAAAUGUUAUGUCAGAAAGUAUGCUGAAUAAUUUCUCUGUUGAAAAUCAACUGGAAAAGAUCAUAGCUGUAGAAGUGACAACAGACAAUCUAGCCCUUAAGGAUGGAAUAGAAAACAAUAACAAUGAAAAGGACACAGAAUCAGAUGAAGGUUACAACAAUGAAAUUAGUAAUGGUCUUUUACAGAAAACAAUGGAAAACACUGUAGCAGAGAUGAAAACUGAAAUGACUGAAGAAGAAACCCAAGGAGACAAUCAGGUCAAUCACUUAGAGAAAGAGAAUGAUAUGCAGUUGGAAGAUGAUGCAAAUGAAGUGAUAGAAGAGUUAAGAAGAAUUAUUGAAGAAGAAAGGAAAGUAAUGGAUGAUGACUCAUCACAGGCUAGGGAGGAAAUCAGUCUUGCAGAUGAAUUAGCAAGAGCAGAGAAAGAAGAAGAAGAAGAAGACAGGAGGCUCAGCAAAUUAGAAAAUGAAACUAUAAGUGAAGAAGACAAUGCUAAAACAAUUGAGACUGAAACACUCUAUGAGGAAACCAGAAUCAAGAAUAGUGUGGGAAAUCAGCUGAAGUCCGUAGAAGAUGAAAUCCGAGACAUAGAAGAGGAAACCAAAGAGAUAGAAAAAGAAAUAGAAGUUAUUGAAAAUGAGACCAAAGUAAUAGAAAGAGAGACAAUUCUCGUUGAGGAAACUUUGUUAAAUGAAGAUGGGAAUAACAUAGUUGAUAAAGCAGGGCUAAUGAGUGGUAAUGAUGAGGAAAUGCGAUUAAUGGAAGAAGCCAGAGCUGUACCUAAAAAUGAAGAAAUAGAAUCAGGAAAAUACACUGAACUGGAAGCUGUGAAACCAGGGAUUAUAAAAGAAAAAGUUGUACUUAAGCUGGGAAUCAAUAUCAACAGAACUGGGAAAAAAGAAGAUAUCAAAUCAAUAAAGGAAGAAAUUGCAGAAGCUGAGGAGAAAGAAAAUGAAAGAAAGAAAUUGCAGAAAGGGGAAGGAACAACUGUGGUGGAUGAUUAUGUGAGAUUGAUGGUGGAAGAUGUUAGAAUGAUGGAAGAAGAAAUGAGAGAGAUGGAAAAGAAAAUGGAGCUGAUAGAAAGUGCAAUCGAAGCAAAAGAAAAGAGUAGUGAAGUGAAAGAGUCCGUGAGUCAAAUGGAAGAUUUGAAAAAUGACACAGAAAAUAGGACAACAGAUUCAGUGAUUCAGGGAGACAGUGAAGGGAUGGAUGAAGCAACGAGGCUCCUGCAACAGGUAGACAAUCUCAUCAAAGUGGUGGAAAGUGGAGUUCCUGUACCAGACAAAAUAUCUGAGGAUAUGCCUAAAGAAGGAAGAAUAUUGGAAGAAAUAGAGGAAACAGGAUGUCAAGAAGAUAUUGAUGAAUUAAAACCAACUGACUUUGCAGUGAAAGACGUAAAACAGCUAGCAGAAGAAAAUCAGGAUACACAAAAUGAAAUAGCUGAAACUGAAGAAGAAAUGCUAGACAUGUCUUAUGAAAUUCUGGAAAUAGAAGAUGCACUUGAAAGCAUGGAUGGUAGAGAUGUGGGUAAUGAAGGAAGCACGGCAAAACUUUCUGAAGACAAAAUAGAAGCAGGUACAAGCGACGAGAAGGUUGAUGAGACACUGAUAAACAAUAAUAUGGAGAAGGCUCAAACCACUGUAUUUACUGAGAAUGUAAAUGAACUGAAACAUACGGCAUAUGAAGAAGGUAUAAAGAUGGUCAGUGAAAUUGUCGAAGGGGAAGCAAAUGGAGGACAAGAAACAACUGAAGACCACUCGAUGGAGGAAGAUGAAGAAUGGGAGGAUGCUUUGGAAAGUCUGAAGUAUUCUGAACUUGAAAAGACACCAAGUCUAGGAGUGGAUAUGGUUGCUGAGGUGAUGGAAGAUCUUGUGAAGAAAGACUGGGACACUUACCAAGCUGAAAAUACUGAUACUAAUCUGGUAGAGAGUCUUGCCAAACAGGGUGUAGAUGAGAAAGAAGACAGGCUGGAAGGUGAAGACGAGAUAGAAGAAAGCAUAGUGUACACUACGGCAACUGAUGAAACAGUACAAAAUACAGAAUCUGACAUCUCUCUGGAGUCUGAAUACCAAGAGAUUAAGGAAUUUGAAGAGAAAGACGAAACUGAGCUUAAAACAGAAGUCAGUGUUUUUGAGGAAGUUGUUAAUUGGGAAGUACAAGAGAGACUGGCACCACUGGCUAUCCAAGCUGCAGAAAAUAACAUCAGUGAGGAACCAACUGAAAUGGUUACAAACAAUUUAACGAAGGAAGAUCAUGAAGGUAUUGAUAGAAAUGCAGAAAAUGAAGAUGAAUUAAGUGAUUAUACAGUAGGAGAACAAAUUGAGGAAGGAUAUUUGAACAUGGCUGAAGAAGAGAUUAGAUAUGAAUUAAUGGCUGGCAGAAAUGAUGAUCUCAUAGCCGAGAGAGAGAAGGAAAUGUUUAAGAACAUGAUCUGGAGUGUCAUCAUGGAAGAGCCAGAACAUGAGAUAAUGGAAGAAGACAAAAACAAAGAGGCUGAUAAACAAGAUGAGACUGAAGACAGAACGACCAUCUUAGCAAAUGAAUUAUUUGAGAGACUCAUUCAAGAAAAGGAAGUUGACUUUUUGAGGAAUGUCAGAGCAGCAGCUGUGAGCAUGGAAAGUGACGAAGAAAAGCAAGGCAAGUUAGCCAAGGAAGAGAAGGAUUAUAUGGCUGAGGUGGACCUGAAUGAUGAACAGAAUAGUACACAAGAGACUAGUGAAGACUGGACAACACCUGAAGAUGCUGACAUGGAACGCCUUAUGAAAGACAUGGAAAAUAAAACCCACGGCUAUGAAAAUGAAACGAGAAAAGACGAUAGCACCAGUGGUGAAAGCUUUGAUGCCUCGUCUUAUAAGGGAGGUGAACUGGCAAAAUCAAAGUCAAUCAGUGUGAAAGAAGCCAUUGCCAAAGCCAAGGAAGAAGAUGCAAAGAAUAAACAAGAAAGUCUUGUUAAGUCUCUGGAAGCAAUGGUCAAAAUGAAACAGGAGAAGAAAGAAAUGACAGAAAAGGAAGUGAAAAGCUUUAGUUUAAUGUGGUUCUGUUUAGAAAUCAAUCUCAACACUGUUAUAGAAUUUUUCCAUAUUACACAUUACACAGAGGUACACCUGGUACCCAUGGCCUAUUUCUUGAAUGGAUGCCUGACAGCUGUCUUUGGAAAGUGUCAAUGUAACAGGUUCAUAGCGGUGAAUGAGUGUGAUUUAUGGCCAGUUGUCAAUGACGGAAAGUCUGAUAUUAAGGGAUCCCAUGAGGAUAUUAACAUGGACAUCAAGUUACUCAUUCCAGGAGCAAAGAAAAGAUCCCGAUAG